AUGGAUCCCAACCUUGGGUACAACCAUACUAACCCUUUAGUCCCACUUGAUCCUAGUAUUAAAGUCUCUUAUUUCAUUGAUUCUCAUACCAGAACUUGGAAUUUGUCUAAACUUAACACUCAUUUUGAUAAUGCUUGUGUCAAGAAGAUUGUCACCAUUCCCUUAAGCCAUCUAUGGACUCCUGACAGGAGGGAUUGGGAUCUGUCAAAGAAUGGCAAGUUUUUAUCAAAAUCUGCCUACAUGGGGCUCAGAGGUCUUAGGCCCUCCUUUUGUAAAAAUCUUUGGAUGCGUAUUUGGAAAAUUAGGGUUCCUUACAGAAUCCAAGUCUUUACAUUGAGAGCUGCUAGAAAUGCUCUUCCUGUUAGAACUAUUUUGCAUAACAGAAUGCAUAUGCAUAGUGUUGAUUGUGCUAGGUGCAAUGAUCCUCAAGAAUCCAUAAUCCAUGCUUUGGUUCUCUGUCCUUUUGCUAGCCGAGUCUGGUUUCUCUCUGAUUUUUACAUCAAUACUCAAUUUUUUCAAAACAAGUCUUUCAUUGACUGGUUAUUGUUUUGGUUAACUGACCCUUUGUCUAGACUCCUUGAUGAAGCUCAGUGUCUCUUUGUUACUAUCUUGUGGUCUCUAUGGACUAGUAGGAAUAAUUUCAUCUUCCAAAACCUGAAAGGAACUCAUAUAGAUGUCUUAGCUAGAGCUAGAGCCAUGCUUCUAACUAGGAAAAACUGUCUUACUAUUUCUCCUACUACUCCUGUUAACCUAUGUGAUAAAUGGAUGCCCCCUCUGUUAUGUGAUGAGGGAUUUCUCAAGAAAGCCUCUUUUUGUGCAUCCCUGGUUUUUGAAGUAAAGUCUGCUGAAGAAGCUGAAGCCAGAGCUAUUUGGUCAGUCCUGAAGAAAGCCUUGGAGCAGCAGUUAACUCAUAUCAUUGUCAAACAUUAUGCGAAGACUCUCAUUGAUCAAUUUUCAGCUGGCCUGUUUGAUGGAGACUCGCGUACGGAUGCUAUUUUCAAAGACAUUCAGUUCUUUUCUUCUAAAUUAGUGGCUUGUAUUUUUAACUUCCAACCACGUGUUUGUAAUUCUGUGGCUCAUGAAUUAGCUUAG